GUCUUUAACAAAUCAUGGGCAAGGGUUGAUGAGUGGUUAAGCUGUAUGUAUAUAUAUAUCAUCUCAGGGGAGGCCACUCUGCUCCAGAUCAAGCUUAGCUGCUUCCCCAGCUUCUCUUUCUUGCUCUGUCCAAACACAAAUCAGUGGCCUAAACUCCUCGUCGUUCCAAGCUCAUUCGAUAGUGUUCUCCAAGAAGCAGCAGCAGCAGCAAUGGCGAAGAAGAUCGUGAUCAAGGUGCCGAUGGCGAGCGGCAAGUGCCGGAGCAAGGUGAUGGCGCUGGUGGCGGCGACGGUGGGCGUGGUGUCGGUGGAGCUGGCCGGCGACGACAAGAGCCAGGUGGUGGUGGUGGGCGACGUGGACUCCGUGAAGCUGACGAGCGCGCUGCGGAAGAAGGUGGGGUCGGCGGAGCUGGUGGAGGUCGCCGAGAAGAAGGAGGAGAAGAAGGAGGAGAAGAAGAAGGAGGAGGAGAAGAAGAAGGACGAGCCGCCGGCGCCGCCGCCGGUGUACUACUACUACCCCAACAUGUACCACCACCACCACCAACCGGUGUACGGCUGCCCCUGCGGCUGCAACCGGAGCCCGGACAGCACCUGCACCAUCAUGUAGAGCACCGCCGGCCAUGGAUGGCACCAUCUCUGCACGCUUUUCAAAUUUUGUCUAGAUAUUCUUCUGUCUUGAUAUAUUUGAAGGAUAUACGAGAAUGCUUGUAUUUUGGAACGGAGGUGCAGAGAAAUCGGUAGUUGCUAUGGUGUAUAGUAAUAGCAUUGAGUUUUGUGUA